GGUACUUUGAAUGAAAAUGGAUCUCUCAAAAUCAUCUCAAGACAUGAGGGAAUACUCCAAAAAUCUCCCUCAUGAUCAACCCAAGAUUAUCAUUCCCAAAACCAUUUUUAGCAAGAAAAUCACUACAAACAACCAAGUCACCGAGGGACCAUUUCCGGUGGAUUACUUGGACGAAGAUUUUGACUUCGCACUAUUUAUCUUUCCAACUGAGUCCGCCAUCAACAAUCAACGUUCGUUUGAUCGUCAAGAAGAAUGGAGAAAAAAGUGCGAACAAAAGUGGAACAAAAUGUCCCGCCUGAGAAAACUUUUCAAAAAAUUCAUAUACAAACACAAAAAACCAGAUAGCGUCUGGGACGCCUGGAUUAAAAUGUAAGAAAAGGCGAAGAUCUCAAAUCACCAGGCGACUAUGACUACUGACUAUGACAACUGACUGAGACAACUGACUGUGACAACUGACUACGACAACUGACUACGACAACUGACUGAGACAACUGACUACGACAACUGACUGAGACCACUGACUGAGACAACUGAUUGAGACCACUGACUGAGACAACUGAUUACAACUCCUGACUACGACAACUGUCUUUGACUACUGACUGAGACUUUACAGACUAAGACUUUAUAGAGACUGUGACAUGAUCACUGAAGAUGCAAUGUGGCGUACUCUUAUUUUCCCCUGUGAUGGCUGCUUUCUAGUUCAAACCAAAGAUCUCUCUUCUUU